AUGGCCGACUUACCAGACUCACCACCUCAAUUCUCCUCAAGAAAAGCCAAGAUCCUCGAGCAGCUUCAACUCCCAGACACCGACUACACCGACGCCUCGCCCAAGGGCUCAGUAGAUGAGGGUAUCAAAGAGCUCAUCGCCGAGAUCAACGCAUACGAUGGUUUUGUGACGACCAGCAGCUGCGCUGGCCGAGUCAGCGUGUUUCUCGAGGGCGUCAAGGCAGACUCGGGCCCUUCAAGCGACCCGGAUGAGGAACCGGAGUCUCGAGUGCCCAACCAGGUCGCCAGCUCCGGAGGCAAAGGAGGCGGCGGCAAAUGGUUAUUCGUCUCCCACGACCCUUUGGACAGGUCGGAAGGCUCCUCAGAUGCAACAUCUAGCGGAAACCAUUGGCGAGAUCAGUUUGCUCUCCCGGCCGUCGAUGGGGCCGCGAUGGAAUCAAUGUGCAGUAUCAGUGCCGGGUCUUGUCGUCCACGUCUGAUACAUUUCAAAUUUGAACCUAUGAUCCUUCAUAUUCUUACCGCAUCACUAGCACACGCCCAGCUCGCUAUCAAAUGCGGUCUGCAGGGCGGCUUCCGCGAGAGCGGUGCUCUCAACUUGGUCCCCGGCUCUUCAAGUCACGCGGUGACCCCUAUGGUGGCUAUUCGAUCCAUGGGGCUGGGAUUUGAAUCUAUGAUCGGUAUCGAGCAAGUCGAUGGCCAACGGUACUGCACUGUUGCGCCGGAAUACAUCGCAGCAUUGGUAACCCUAGCCAAUGAGCAUUUCGCGGAGAACCAGAGAAGGAUACAGAGGUUCAGGGAGGCCCUCAAAGAAUCGAUGCAAGGGCAAGUAAAGCUGAACAAGGACGGUAUGGCGUGGGAAGAUGCUGCAGCACGGAGAGAACGCAAGAGGGCAGAAGGUCUGAGGAGGAGGGAACAGCUCAGGCAGUCGCAAAGGCCAGCAACAGAAGACCCCGAUACUUGA